GUGAAUCGGGAGCAAAUGAUUCAAUGAUUCCAUGCAUGGAUAAUUUAUUACAAAUUACAUCUAAAUUGCCAAAAAAUCCACUCACAGAAGCAACUCUUUACCUAGCGAAUUUGGAUAAAAUCAUUGCAUUCCGUUAUCGUCAUUGGAAUUUUACCAAAGAAUAUAUAAUUAAAAAUACUACCCAUCCUGUUGCCACAGGUGGUUCACCCAUUGUCACAUGGCUUCCUAAUCAACUUUUAACUAUUCUUGAGCAAAUGUCUCAAAUUUAUAAAACGAUUGAUUAUUCUCAAUUAACACCUGAGAAUAAAAUUCUUAUCGAUGAACUUAUUGCUAAAGCUAAUAAUAAAAAACGUGUUUUGAAUGGUGACGUGAAAAUUUUGAAAGAGAAAUUUAGUCCAGAAAGUCAAAAACGU